AUGCUUUCUCGCAACCUCGCCAUGCGUCCCGGCGCCAGCAGAACCUUCUGCUCGUCCGCGGCCACUCUCCAGAAAAAGUUGAACAAGUACUCCUCAAUUGUCACCCAGGACAAAUCCCAGGGUGCAUCGCAAGCCAUGCUUUACGCUACUGGCUUCAAGGCUGAUGACAUGAACAAGGCACAGAUCGGUGUCGGAUCUGUGUGGUGGUCUGGUAACCCAUGUAACAUGCACUUGAUGGACUUGAACGACCAGUGUACCGAGUCGGUCAACAAGGCUGGCUUGAAGGGUAUGCAAUUCAACUCCAUUGGUGUUUCGGACGGUAUCACCAACGGAACUGAGGGUAUGAAGUAUUCGUUGCAAUCGCGUGAGAUCAUCGCCGACUCCUUCGAGACCUUGAUCAUGGCUCAAAUGUACGACGGUAACAUCUCCAUUCCUUCUUGUGACAAGAACAUGCCUGGUGUUCUCAUGGCCAUGGGUAGACACAACAGACCUUCGCUCAUGGUCUACGGUGGUACCAUUUUGCCUGGCCUGCCUACAUGUGGCACCAGCGCUGAGAUCCCCGAGAAGAUCGACAUCAUCAGUGCUUUCCAAUCCUACGGUCAGUUCUUGUCCAAGUCCAUCACCGAGGAGCAACGUGUGGACGUUGUGCAACACGCUUGCCCAGGUCCCGGUGCUUGUGGUGGUAUGUACACUGCUAACACCAUGGCUUCCGCUGCUGAGGUCAUGGGUAUGACCCUCCCAUUCUCUUCUUCGGCCCCAGCCGUUUCUAAGGAGAAGGCUCACGAGUGUGCCUCUGUCGGUGAGGCCAUCAAGAACUUGUUGCAAUUGGACUUGAAGCCUCGUGACAUUAUGACCAAGAAGGCUUUCGAGAACGCCAUCACCUACAUCAUCGCCACUGGUGGUUCCACCAACGCUGUGUUGCACAUGAUUGCUAUUGCCUCUUCCGUCGACAUCACCAUCACUGUCGAUGACUUCCAGAGACUCUCCGACAACACCCCAUUGUUGGCUGACUUCAGACCUUCCGGUAAGUAUGUCAUGGCUGACUUGCAAUACGUUGGAGGUACUCCUGCCGUCAUGAAAAUGUUGAUGGCUGAGGGCUUGAUUGAUGGCUCUCAAUACACCGUCACUGGUAAGACUAUCAAGGAGAACUUGGAAAAGCUCCCUGCUUUGAAGGAGGGCCAAGACAUUGUCCGUCCAUUGUCUAACCCAUUGAAACCAAGUGGUCACUUGCAAAUUCUUAAGGGUUCUUUGGCUCCAGGCUCCUGUGUUGCUAAGAUUACCGGUAAGGAAGGUACUUACUUCAAGGGUAAGGCUCGUGUUUUCGAUGCCGAGGAUCUCUUUAUUGAGGCUUUGGAGAAGGGUGAGAUCAAGAAGGGUGAAAAGACUGUGUGUGUUAUCAGAUACGAGGGUCCAAAGGGUGGCCCUGGUAUGCCUGAGAUGUUGAAGCCAUCUUCUGCUUUGAUGGGUUACGGUUUGGGUAAAGAUGUCGCUUUGUUGACCGAUGGUAGAUUCUCCGGUGGUUCCCACGGUUUCUUGAUCGGCCACAUCGUCCCAGAAGCUGCUGUCGGUGGUCCAAUUGCCUUGGUGAAGGAUGGCGAUGAGAUUGUCAUUGACGCCGAAAACAACAUCAUCGACUUGUUGGUCGACGAGGAAAUCAUGGCUGAGCGUAAGAAGCUCUGGACUGCUCCAGCUCCAAAGUACACCAGAGGUACUUUGUUCAAGUACUCCAAGUUGGUUUCCGAUGCUUCCCAAGGUUGCGUCACCGACUUGUAA